CUUACGUUCCUUCCGUCAUGGCAUAAAAUACGUUCCAGAGCCCUAAACAGCUGAGGAUUAACGCUCUUGACGCGCCAUCUUUGCCUUAACUGCUUUUACCCAAGUUACACAAACAUUUUCACCUUUUGCAUGUAGUGAAUAAUAUACCUUACUAUUUAUAGUAUGGGAGCUCCUACUUAAAGCGCGGCAGCAGGAGCUGCUAGACUGUGGAAGCUUGGCAUAUGGGAGACGAAGCAUCAACGGUGCCUCCUCCUGUGGAGGAUGGGGAGAUCCCUGCCACACCGGCGACAGCCGAGGAUGGGCAGCAGGGCCCUGACGUUGGUGCGGAAGCACCAGCAGUAGACGGGGCAGAAGGUGACGUGCCGGCCACCGACACAGGGGGCGAGGGGGACGCCGCAGAGGAAGCUAAGGAGCAGCAGCUGGGCCCUGACGAGGUUGAUAGCUAUGCAGCAGCUUCAGCUAACCUUGCGGAGGGAGAAGCAGCCACGGAUUCGAUCCCGGCGCCACCGCCUGUUGUGGAGCUUGAACCGCUGCCAGAGGAUUACGUUCCAGUGCGGGACUUGCCUCCCAUUCCGGAGCCCUUCAACCGCAAUGAGGAUGGCAAGCCCGUUCCCCUGCCUGGUGUGGAGUCACUGUUCCUCACAGGAACGACGGUGGAGAUUGUUGGCAUCUCGGCGCUGGGCCCGGGAAACCUGACGGGCGAGGUGACUCGGGAGGUGCUGUUGAACGACAUCCAGUUCCGAGGCGCCAUCAGCGACUUCCACUCGCUCAAAGCCAGGAUCCAGGCGGCAGAUUACGACCCCUUCCUCAUACGCUUUAACGAGGAGGACGUGUACGGCGAUGGCAACAACUACGAGAUUGCACUGACCAAGGAGGCGGCGGACGUGUGGAAGGGCAUCCGGGAGGAGACGGCGCGGCGUGCGCGGCUACUGGAGCUGGAAGCAGCGCAUGCAGCAGCGGAGCGGGCCAAGCCGCGCUCUAAGCGGACACGGAAAGUCAAACCCUGGCAGAGCAUGGGGAGCGAGGUGGACAUCGAGGAGGCGGCGGUGCGCUCCCGCCGUGACCCCAUUCGCCUGGUGGUGCAGCGCCGGCGGCGAGAGUUCCACCAGCCUUCCAUCAAGCUGGCCGACAAGGACGCGCACGAGCUGUGGAACAGCAGCCAAAUGGAGUGCAGGCCCUUCAAGGAUCCCAACUUCGACAUGCGUCGCAUGGAGCAGGACGCGGCGGUGCAGGCGGUGGCGCCGCUGCGGGACGUCGGCACGCACUCCAGCGGGCCGGUGCCCCCGCGGCCCGCCACUACGCAGACCGCCGCGCUGGACAUGACGGCAGAGCAGAAACAGGAGCUGCUGCAGCGGCCGCGGAGCGCGCAGGGCAGCGUGGCGGACUUCCUUGAACGAGUGCGGGACCUGUGUGAGGUGGCACUGGUGCAAAACGAGAUCACCAACAUCUUCCGAGAUGACCUGGCGGCUCUGAACGACGAGGCGGACGGUGGCGGCGGCGGCAGCCGCAAGGAGACGCUCAUAUCAGAGGCUCAGUCCUUCACGCACCUGACAUACUCCAAGAACAAGGUGGUAUCUGCAAUCCAGUGGCUGCCGCACCGCAAGGGAGUGGUGGCAGUGGCCUGCACGGAGGCCCAGUCCCAUGCGGAGCGUGUCGGACGCAUGGGCCGAACCGCGCCGGCGCACAUCCUGCUGUGGAACUUCCGAGACCCCAUCCACCCGGAGCUGGUGCUGCAGAGCCCCUGGGAGGUCUUUGCCUUCCAGUUCAACCCCCUGCAGCCCGACCUGCUCACAGGCGGCUGCUACAACGGCCAGGUGGUGCUCUGGGAUCUCAGCAGCGAGGCGGACAGGCUGGGUCGCCGGACGGCGGGUGCGGGCGUGGCCGGGGGAGCCGCCAAGAGCACGGACGGGACCCCCAGCAAGGCCACGGACCUGACGCCGCCGCCCACUGCCAUGCCAGGCGGAGCGGCCGGUGGGGGUGCGGAUGCUUCGGGGGCCUCAGCGACGGAUGGUGACGCGCAAAUCCCGGUGGUGAAGCACCGCUUCAUGACGGACACGCAGUUCAGCCACCACCAGGUUAUCACGGACCUGCAGUGGCUGCCGGGUGUGGAGAUCAGCCACCGAGGCAAGGUCACCAAGCUGGGCGAGGGCUCCAAGGAGUGCAACUUCUUCGCAACCGUCGCGGCUGACGGCAGGGUGCUGUUCUGGGACGUGCGUGUGGAGAGGCUGUUGAAGAAGGGCAAGAAGGCGGACGACCUGCUGGACCUGGUGUGGAAGCCCAUACACAGCGUGCACCUCAUCAGCCUCAUCGGCAUGGACCUGGGCGGGACGCGACUGGCCUUUGACUUCCGGCGCCUGGAGCAGGGUAUGUUUUACGCGGGCUCCUUUGACGGCGAGCUGGUGUAUGCGGACUUUGUCAAGCCGGAGGGCGAGGAGAAUCCGGACUACGCCAAGAGCUGUUUGCAGGCACACGUGGGCCCUGUGAUCGCGUUGGAGCGGUCGCCCUUCUUCGACGACAUCCUGCUCACGUGCGGCGACUGGCAGUGGCAGGUGUGGCAGGAGGGGCAGGCCACUCCGCUGUUCCAGUCGGGCUACGCGGCGGACUACUACACGGCGGCCUGCUGGAGCCCCACCCGGCCCGCGGUGCUGUACCUGGCCGACCAGUCGGGCAGCCUGGAGGUGUGGGACUUGCUGGACCGCUCGCACGAGCCCUCCAUCCGCGUCACGCUGGCGGCCACACCCAUCAUGUCGCUGGCAUUCAACCCCAUGCCGCCGGCGGCAUCGGCGGCGCAGCAGGCGGCGAUGCAGCUGCUGGCGGUGGGAGAUGCGACGGGCGUGCUGCGCAUUUUGGAGCUGCCACGCAACCUGCGGCGGCCCGUGCACAACGAGAAGAGGCUGAUGGGCGCGUGGCUGGAGCGGCAACAGUCCCGUCUUGCGGACGUGGGGGCGAGGCAGCCCACACGCGCUGCUGCACGAAAGGAGGCGGAGGAGCGUAAGAAGGAGGCCGAGGCGGCAGCGCAGGCCGAGGCCGCUGCCAAGGAAGCCGCUGCCAAGGAUGCGGCCGCCGCCGCCGCAGCAGGCAUGCCGCCCUCGCCCUCCGAGCGCAAGGAGCGCAAGGGAUCGCUAUACCCGGAGUUCGACGAGAAGGCGGAGCAGGAGUACCUGAAGCUGGAGGCUCGCUUCAAGGCACAGCUGGGGUUGCUGCCACCCGAGGCCAGUGGAGGCGUGGCGCACUGAGGGGGGCGGUGACGGUGGGGGACGGCGCAGUGGAACGCGGGCACAGUGAGGGCCGCUGGCUGCUUGGCUCUCAUUGCGCAGCCCCUGGGGGCUUCUUUGGCAGGUCAUCAUUGGUGUUUUGGGAUUUGGUGGAGGUGUGUGCGUUGUGGGGAAUGAUGUUUGGGGCCGGGCGCCAUUAGGGCUCGGUGCUGUGGUCUCAAACUGUGUAUGUACUUUGCUUUGGCGGCUCUCUGGUUGAUGGAUUUCAGCGGUGGCGUGAAUGGGGUGUGAUGCCUCAUGCGGACGUGGUGGGGUACCGGCGCCUACCUGCUGUUGCUGCUAGUUGAGUGGCAUGUUAGUAUCCUGGUCAGAUAGAAUCCGGUGUCAUUCGGAACAGGGUACCCGGCAAGCAGGAGGAGUUCAAUUAACAGGCGCAAGCCCUCAUUCAAGUGUUACAUGCUUUUGCGUGCAUUGCUACUUACGGUGCAUCUUCUUGAAUGGCGACCAAGGAUUUCGGCCCGGCUCAACCACCAUAACUCAUCUUUGUGCAUUCCUCCAGUGAUCAGAGGCUCAAUAGUUUCACAUCAUCAACAUCAACAACAUGCCUCAUACCGGACUUGUGUAGACUUCUGCAAGCGCAGAGACCCCGAGACUGCUUCCAGAUUGCUGCAGCUCAAACCCCGAGGCAUUUUCCCAGUGCUAGGCCGUG